AUGUCUUUUACUGUCCAAUCAAGAGGAUUUACAUCUGCUUCUCCUGCUACCAAUAUGUGGGAUAGCAUGGACUUUACCGCCAUGGCCGCAGCCGAUGAAGCAACUGACGCCGCUGUCAGCCGCUCGUCGGCGCUCAAAGAACGUGUUUGCAUGGUAUUUUAUGAAAACGGGACGUGCCCAUUUAAUAAUUACUGCGAACAUGCACACCACUUUUCAGAGUUGGAUACUGCUACGCAGUCGAAGUUCCUCAGUAGCAUCCCUAUAGAGUUAAUCCCUUUACAUUUUAUGGAUCCCAAUCAGCCUAAGUGUGAACCACUAACAGAAUCCAAAGGCUUUUUCAAUGGGACUUCACAUUGCACUUCAUUUGGAUGCCCCAACUCUAAUCUUGAAAAUAGAAAUGCACAAAAUUCUAAUGUUUAUGUCAUCAAGCAAAUUGCCACUCAUACACCACCAACGGCAUCGACUCCCCGCCCGAUUGCACCGACUUUUUUCACAACCUCAACUACAGGUGCUCAAGCUUACCAACGUGGGAUUUAUACUGCCGCUGCGGUUGGAUCGUUUCCGUCCGCUGCAUCACCGCUCGAUGCCUCUUUUUCCAGUCGCACCACAACCUCGGGCUACAGCAGUAGUCAUGGAAGCCCAACAUUAGGAAGCGCUUGUCUGCACAUCCAGUCGAUGCCAUCCCAAAAUUUAUUGGACAACUUCCAUAUACAGCUCCCUGCGCGUUGUCAUUACCCACACCCCAACAUCUCUGGAACCUAUUAUGAUAUCCUUGGUGUUGAUCAUAACGCAUUGCAAUCUGAUAUUAUUGAUAAAUAUAGUACGUGGCAGAGGGAGGGGUAUAAAAAAAUGCGUCUUGGCAACCCCAAAGGCGCUGAGGCUAAGGAUCGACUAAUAGUGGAGGCUCGCAAUGUGCUCGGACACACUGUGUUACGAGCCCAGUACGAUCAAUCUCUGGCGAACAAGAAUAUUGAUAGCGUCAGCACUAAUAUCGACGCUGUCAAGAGCCCCCAGACAGGGACUAUCGCGAAAAAUAAAAGCAGCUGCAGCAAAGGGAAAUGGAGAUCGGUAAAGCUUUGA